AUUCAGCCUAUUCUCUACUCAAUUGAUUGCGCUCGUAGGUUGAAAAAAUAAAAUUAAAAAUAGACAAAGAACCACAAAAAAGUGUCUUGCAAAUAUUAGUGAGCUUCGGAAGAUACAAAAAAAAUAUGUGAUAAGAUUAGAUAAGGCUUCGUAAAUAGAUAUAUUUGUCUCCACCUCGACGAGCCAUACAGCUUGUGUGAAUUUGUUGAUAAGAAAUGCAUUCGACGAACAUUUUAUCGCAUCUACGACGAAUAAAGCGACCAUGAUAUCAGAUACGGUCCGUAGUGUUCCGAGUUCUGUUGGACAAGGCAAAAGCCUGAUUUUACGGAGAUAAAAAAAUACAAAAAAAUUUUAAUUAAAAAUUUUGAAACAGUACAAGAAAUUAUCAAAGAAAAAUGGGACUACCUAGAAAUAAGUUUCUACUUUUAAUAACGUUAGUGCUAAGUUCCGUCCUUCUAGUCACCAAAGCAGCGGAUAAUGAUCUAAAAAUUUGCCAGAAAUGUAAAUGUGAUCGCAGCAACAGAACCCUCGACUGUUCGAGUCGACAACUCACCACCCUCUUCGACGACGCCGACUGGAAAGCCUUGAACAGUUCCGGUUUCGAUUUCGACACUGUCAAUUUUGCGGGAAAUGCUAUCACCAAUGUCACGCAGCUGCCGCAACUUCCGAUAAAGUUCCUCGAUAUCAGUCACAAUGGCAUUAGUGCGUUUGCGCGACGUGCUUUCCUCAAUUUGGAACUACUAGAAACCCUGGAUUUGUCCUAUAAUCAGAUCAAAUCGGACGCUUUGAUACCCGAAGUCUUCGAGGGACACUUUGAUGCUUCCACGUACGAGCCACUGAAGAAGGUGCGCGUCUUGCGACUCGGCAACAACUUGAUUCACGUGUUCAAACAAGACCUUUUCGAGCAUUUUACGGCGCUGGAAGAACUUUAUUUGGACGAAAAUCCCUUUAUUGCGAUUGAUAAACAGACGGAAAUUGCAAUUUCGGACAUUCCAAAGCUCCGAGUGCUCGAUAUGAGUUCGUUGCAGUUGAAAAAACUGCCGGAACAUAUUUUCCAUGCCAGUAGCAAGACGUUGGAAGUGCUGAAUUUGAGUGAUAACGGGUUGCAUCACGUUCCCGAUGCCCUUCAGUAUGCCACGAAUUUGAAAGAAUUGACUUUGGAUAGUAACCCGAUCAAUAAUAUUGAAUACGCAAACAUUUUUCCACACAUGCCCAAGUUGGAAAAACUCAGUCUCUCGUACAUGUCGAACAUGGAAGUCAUCGGAGAGGGAGCUUUCAGUGGACUUACCGCCCUUAAGGAAUUCCACGCCGUUCAAAAUAUUUAUUUGAAGGAAAUUGCUCCGGAAGCGUUCGCUCGUCCCGGUCAAGAAAUCAAAGAACGUCUGGAAUUCCCACCAAUCGAAAAAUUUAUCGUUCACAACAACAAUAUAUCGCGUUUAGAUAGAAAUUUAUUCGCUGAUUGGGAAGACAUCAAAGUAAUUGACUUGAGAUUCAACCCGUGGGCUUGCGAAUGUAACAAUCAAUGGAUGCUCGAUACGCUUAUACCGCAAAUUAUCAAUAAUAAUGAGCCCUUAUCGCAUGAUUUGAAAUGUGUCACUCCAUCGCAAAUGUCGGGCAAAAAAUUACGCGAUUUAGCGGAAAAUCACAGAACGAUGCGGUGUUUGGACAAAUACGGGAAUCACCCGGAACAUGAUGGAAAUAUUUUGAUUGGAUUGCUGUUGGGAAUUUGCAUUGGAAUCCCCUUGACGAUGGUGGUGAUGGUUAUUUUCCGUCGCGGAUGCUUUGGACUCGUUCGACCACGAGGCGCAGGCGACUUUUCACGUGCGUACUAUCAACGUGCUGGCGUUUACGAUGACACGAUGCAUCACAUUUAAACAAAAAAUUCUUAUCUGGCAUUUUAUUUUAUUUUUUUUAACUAAAUUAUAGGAAAGUAUGUGACUUAAAAAAAUUUGUGUGAUUUUUUGUGGAAUAAAUUUACUGCUUAAUUAA